ACUAUUGACGUGCACAGACUCAAGGUGGCAGAGGCGUUGGAGAAGGUCGAGCAGGCCUUGUACGACGCCAUAGUCACCAAUACGCCCGAGUUGCGCAUCAUCACUGGUCGCGGGAACCACUCGAGAAACGGCAUCCCUGCGCUCAAGCUUGCUAUCAUUGGCGCCAUGUCCGACUACCACCUCGACGUCCACACAGACCCCAGCAAUCCUGGGGUCCUCAUCGUCAACCCUCCGUCAAAUCCAAACCUGACCAUGGCUGGCCCAUCGACGUCCUCAUGA